AUGUGCUUUAAAUCUAAAGCCUGCUCAAGUUCUGUGACCAGGUUUUGUGAAAAAGCAUCAGGAGACAUUGAUGGUCGGCCUGUUGUUGUGGUCGACACUCCUGGUUUGUUUGACACGACUCUGUCCAAUAAUGACGUUCAACAGGAGCUUGUGAAAUGCAUCAGCCUGUUGUCUCCUGGACCUCAUGUCAUCUUACUGGUGCUGCAGAUCGGUCGCUUUACACAGGAAGAAAAAGACUCUGUGGAACUGAUCAAGAAAUGCUUCGGCAAGAAUUCAGGAGAUUUCAUCAUCAUUAUAUUCACUCGAGGAGAUGAACUGGAAGAUCAGUCAGUUGAGAGUUAUGUAGAAGGAGACCGUGAUGGCUGUUUAAAAAAACUGCUAACUGACUGUGGAGGAAGAUACCAUGUGUUUAAUAAUAAGAAUAAGACAGACCGCACACAAGUCAGAGAGUUAUUGACAAAGUCCAACAAAAUGAUGAAGGAAAAUGGUGGCAGCUGCUACACCUCAGAGAUGUUCCAAGAGGCCGAGGCAGCGAUACAGAAGGAAGUGGACAGGAUCCUGAAGGAGAAAGAAGAAGAGAUGCAGAGAGAGAGGGAAGAGCUUCAAAGAAAACAUGAGGAAGAAAUGGAAGAAAUGAAAAGAAGAAUGGAAGAACAGAGAGCAGAAAUUGAAAAGGAGAGAAAACUGAGAACACAACAACUUGAAGAAAUGGAGGAAAACAUCAACAAGGAACGUGAGGAGAGAAAGAAAGAACAGGAAAUGAGAGAAGAAGAAGACAGGAAGAGAAAAGGACAGGAAGAACUUCAACGACUGGAGUGGGAGCAAAAACUUGAAGCUCUGGAGAAAAAAAUAAAGUCUGAAUCAAAGGAAAAGGAAACCAUUGACAGAGAGUUGGAGCUGAGUAGGGAAGAGAUGAAAAAGCAACGAAAGCACUGGGAGAAAGAAAGAACAGAAUGGUGGGAGAAUCGAUAUCGAGAAGAUGAACAGAGACGACAGGAGGAACAAAAAAAACUUAAAAAGCUUCAAGAAGAAUACGAACAGGAAAGAGAAAACUAUGAAAAGAAAAGAAAAGAAGAGGAUCGAAUCAGAAGAGAACAAGAGGAAAAAGAGAAAAAAGACAUCGAGGAGAACUAUAAGAAAAAACUGGAGGAUAUGAAGAAGAAAUAUGAAGAGGAGGCCAGAAAACAAGCUGAAGAAUUCAAUGAGUUCAGACAGAAAUACACCAAGGAUUUUGCAGCGUUGGUAGAAAAACACAUGGAGGAAAUGCAGGAACUGAAGGAAAAAUAUGAGAGUCAAAUGCAAGAGACAGAAGAGAGCCUUGGAAAAGAGUACAAUCUAUUAAGAGACCUCUCAAGUCACAAUGAAAAAGAACUGAAAAAACAAAUGGAUGACUUGAAGAAAAAGCAUAUGAGACAAGACGAAGAGUGCAGUAAGUUAAAAACCUGCUCAGCUGACAAUGAAAAAGAACUGAAAAAACAAAUGGAGGAGUUGAAGAAACAACAUGAACAAGAAGUUAAUGUCUUACAACAGAAAUACAAAGAGAAAUGUAUGAUCCUCUGAUCUCCCCACUGACUCUUGAUCAUUGUUGUGUUGUCAAAUGGAACAUCAUUUGAAUAAGUGUCAUUAAGUGUCUGGGCUAUUAAUGCUAUGUUAUCAUUUGAUUUCUUUUUAUGUAAAUUCAGAUUUUGCAGGCUUGUUGGCUGAAAGAUAGCUAUGAAAGCUGCUUCUCUAAAAAAUGC